GAGAUAGUGCAUACAGCUUGCAGGGGAAUUCGUCGGCCAUGUUGGUGAUGUUUGAAGUGUGCUUGGUGGGAUGGUGUUGAAUUUCUCGGCUGGACUUGCACCAAAAAAGCGCCAAGCCGGCUGGCUCCACGCCCCGCGUUUUGGUGAAUGUCAUAGCGUCAUGAUGCAUCAUCGUUGCUGUGAGACUCUUCCCGAGGUCCAGGGUCUAGUGACAUCGUCAUGGGCGCUCAUGUUAGGUAGCUUUGCGUUUAGUUCAAUUCAACCCACAAUUUCCAAUUUCCAUCAUAGCAAGACUCCAACCCUUUCACUCUACUCUACCUCACUGAUUUCGCUCAAUUGACUCCAUCGUAUCAGCCAACCGCCAUGGCCACCCCGUCUCCCUCCGAGUUCCUCACCUUCUACCGCCGCAUUGCUCUCUCGUCCACCCUCCGUCGUCCCCUCACAACCACACGCCCACUCGCUAGCCGCCCGUUCACGCUCUCCACACGUCUGCGGAUAGACUCGUCCGCAAAGACGGACAAGUACCCCGACGAUGAACACGCGACGAGCAAGAAGGACAAGCUAGACGUGCAGUCGCAUUCGGCGCAUUCGGGGAAGAAUUCGAAGGCGACUGGCCAAGGUGGUACUGCAACGGAGCAGUCGGACAGUCAGGGCGCUACCACGAAGGCGAAGAAAGACCAUCCUGAGGCGCCUGAUACAGUGAUUGGGAUGCAGGAUGAGAGGGGUGGGAAGGGUGCUUGAGAGUUGGGAUUGACAUGGCAAGGUGGCUUGUAUUCGUCGGAAUUCAUGUUCGUUGUUGUGGUGAACCUGGGGAAGAGAGUAGGAGUACGACCUUUUGACGAUUAUGAAGUCAGGAAAGAUGGAACUACUCAAUGAGCUUCUGAGGCAUUAAUUAUCCUACUUCAGGCCAAACUAACAAAAUUUCGGUAAAAUCCCACUGACUAUAUCCAUUCUUGUGUUCUUGCGCCUCGAUUUGUGCUUCUUGUCAUCUAAUUAAUUG